CAUCCUCACGGGACCCCCUCCCCCCCGGCCAAGUUCCUCCUCCGGCCUUCCCCCGGUGAACACCCCUCGUCAGGACCCAAACUCGUUCACGCAGCCUUGCGAGCCCUCCUCGGACCUCGGGCCCCACAGCGCUCAGCCCUCUGUACCCCACCCGCACACCCGCGGGCCCCCGCCUAGCCCCCACGCCCCUCACCCCUCCUCCCCACACCUCUCCCCCUACCCCCGGGCCCCUCGCAGCUACGGCCAGAACCCCUCUGGAUCUCCUGUACCGCCAGCACUGCACCCACUCGUCAGCCCGAGACCCCCCACACCCACCCGCACGCUUCCCCCGCCCUCCACUCACCCCUCCGUCUCACCCCACAACCCUCUCCCCCACACCCGGGGGCCGGCGGGCAGCGCCAGCGGCGGCGGCGGCGGAGGCCGGUCCCCUGGCCGGGACACACCCACUCGCCCGCCCUCCUUCUUUCCCUCGCUCCCUCCCUCCUUCCCGCCCGCCCUCCCGCCCUCGCUCGGCGCUCGCUCCUUCCCCCUCGGUCGCUCCCGCUUUCCGCGGCGCCCGGCCUCCCGCUCCGCCUCCCCGUGCGCGGCUCUCUCGGGCGCGGCUCCGGGGUUCAUGGUGACGAGGCGGCGGCCACUCCAGCCCAGCGGCGGCGGCGGCGGCGGCGGCCGGUGGGAGCUGGGGCGCGGGCCCGGGCCGCCUCUCCCUGAGCGCGGGGCCGGGCGGUGGGCGCGCCCAGGCGGCGGCGGCGGCGAGCGCCCCCCCCGGCCCGCGGCCCCGCGCGCCCCCCGCGCCGCGCCCCCGCGCGCCUGGCUUGCGGGGGGCCGGGCCGGCGGGUGGCCGCCGCGCCGCGCACCCAUGGACGGCCCGGCCAUCAUCACCCAGGUGACCAACCCCAAGGAGGACGAAGGCCGCGCGCGGGGCGCCAGCGAGAAAGCAUCCCAGUGCAACGUCAGCUUAAAGAAGCAGAGGAGCCGCGGCAUCCUCAGCUCCUUCUUCUGUUGCUUCCGCGACUACAAUGUGGAGGCGCCGCCCAACAGCAGCUCCAGUGUGCUUCCGCCCCUGGUGGAGGAGAACGGUGGGCUUCAGAAGCCCCCAGCUAAAUACCUCCUUCCAGAGGUGACGGUGCUUGACUAUGGAAAGAAAUGUGUGGUCAUUGAUUUAGAUGAAACAUUGGUACACAGUUCAUUUAAGCCGAUUAGUAAUGCUGAUUUUAUUGUUCCGGUUGAAAUCGAUGGAACUAUACAUCAGGUGUACGUGCUCAAGCGGCCCCACGUGGAUGAGUUCCUUCAGAGGAUGGGGCAGCUCUUCGAGUGUGUGCUCUUUACUGCCAGCCUGGCCAAGUACGCAGAUCCUGUGGCUGACCUGUUGGACCGCUGGGGCGUGUUCCGGGCCCGGCUCUUCAGAGAAUCAUGCGUCUUCCAUCGUGGGAACUACGUGAAAGACCUGAGUCGCUUGGGCCGGGAGCUGAGCAAAGUGAUCAUUGUGGACAAUUCUCCUGCCUCGUACAUCUUCCAUCCCGAGAAUGCAGUGCCCGUGCAGUCCUGGUUCGAUGACAUGACGGACACAGAGCUGCUGGACCUCAUCCCCUUCUUUGAGGGCCUGAGCCGGGAAGACGACGUGUACAACAUGCUGCACAGACUCUGCAGCAGGUAGCGCCGGCCUCCGAUGCCUCCCGCCUGUGCGUCCUGCAGCCACCGGCCUCGGGGGCCCACCCGGCCGUAGCUCCCUGGGAGCGCCCAGUGGGGACACUCCGUGCUCCAGGCCACGAGGGCCAUGUGGCCAUACCUACCUGGUUGCUUUUUUAAGAACAGAAACAACUAUUUUAAAAUGAACUCUUUUAAUCAAUUUCAUAAAGGGACAUGCAUUUUACUGGAUUUGCUUUUCUUAAAACAUACCAAAAAGGAUAAAAAUGGGGAGGGGGGAGAAAAAAAGCUUGAGAUCUAUCAGAACUUCCUUUCAACUGGCCCCCCUUGGCCCCCUCCUCCAAGCAGACAACCUGUCCCUUUCUAUCCCAGCUCGGAGCAGCUGACCCAACUCAGAAUCUCUUUCCUCCAGGAUGAAGUGCCUUUUUGAAUGUUAUUUUAAGCUGAGAGUUAGUUUUUCUAUACAACAUAUUUCCAGA